AUGAAAGUUGUACUAGUUGACCCAAGUUCCGCAGACAACAGAUGGCGUUUCAAGACUUGUCUACAGGAGUCAAGCAAAGGCAUAAGAAACGGAUUAAAAAGCUUUGAUCUGACAAAUUGCCCUCUACAGUUUCACAACUGCCAUGUCAGAACGAGUUUAGGUGAAUGUCGAUUAUCUUCGGAAGAAGUGGAUGAUUCGAGCUAUAAAAAAUUACACAGAACUCAGGAUGAUGAGCAAAUAUCACAAUAUGUCAACCUGAACAAAGAAUUGAUCUUCAAGGAUUGCUUUAGUACGGAGUUUCUUUCGUCAAAAUAUUCCAGGAGACCCAAGAAUUGCUCUAGUACUAACCUUCGAGAAAACCUGUUUGUGCCGUCUAGGGGCGGUUUAGCAUUAGACAAAUCGGAGAAAAGAACCUGCCGGCCUUCAGGUGCACCCAAGACUGCUUUAACAGUGAUCAACUUUGGCUGUCCGAGAAAGGUUGUGAAGUCCAAGGUAUCGGAUCUCAAAUUCGCCAAUACUGCUGAUGUAGCAGAUCGCCGACUAGCCAGUGAAAUCGGCGCCAUUUGUGAGCAGCUAUUAGCCAAUUUGAAUACUCAAAACAUGUCAAGGAGUUCCGCUGAUCUCAAUUUAUCUAAUAAUCAAAAUAUUGAUCCUGUCACGACGCCCAGUACGGAAUGGAGAUGGAAAUUACAGAAAAGUCGUGCACAAUCUGACAACAGCUGUCUAACUUGUACUUUCAGAGUCAAAGCUCAAGAACCACAAGUCUAUAAAAGCCGAAAGGUAAAGAUGAGAUCACUCUCGAGAUCCGGUCCUUGA